AGCGGGAUGUUAACUUAUGUUAAGUGUUUAAGUUCUAUGGGACUACGUGCGAAAUGACCUGGCGAUACCUACAGUGAGCAGCGCUGUACCGACUGCCUCCAGCUCACCGAUCUGGGCUUCAUCUAAUCAGUCCGCAACCGGGCCGUACAACACCCUUCAUUUUGUAUGAGUUACUCGUGAGAGAUGGAUGUAAUGAGUUGUUUAACACUAAAAGAUCUGAUCACGGCCAAAAAAUCUAAAGUGGAUCAAGUGAUGGAUGAAAGGAGUGCCCAGAAGGAAAACUUGUUUGAGAGAUUUAGGAUAAGUCCAAGGGCUGCUUUGAAAGCGGAGCCAAUCGACUUAUCGAAGCAAAAAUGUUUUACUCCAGAGAGAAUCCCAGUCACCCCAGUAAAAAUAUCAGACAGGCCACUAGCUGAGCCUUGGACCCCCACGGCCAACCUGAAGAUGCUCAUUAGCGUAGCAAGUCCUGAAAUCCGGGAUCGAGAAAAGCGAAAAGAACUCUUCCGUCCGAUCGAAAAUAAUGAACAGGAUGAAGUGGUUCCUGAGACUCCGUUUGAUGGGGUUGAUGACCUUGAUGAGUUGGAAAAGAGACCAAGCAGAAAGCAAAAAAGUUUGGGGCUACUAUGUCAAAAGUUUUUAGCUCGAUAUCCUAGCUACCCCAUGUCAACAGAGAAGAUGACUAUUUCUUUGGAUGAAGCUGCCUCAAGCCUUGGGGUUGAGCGUAGACGUAUUUAUGACAUCGUGAAUGUACUGGAGUCCCUGCAUCUAGUGAGCCGUGUAGCUAAGAAUCAAUACUGUUGGAAUGGCCAGUGCAACUUAAAUGAGACACUACAAAGACUGCAGAUGGAUGGGGAGAAGCAGAAAUAUGGAGCACAGAUUGCUUACUUUCAGCAAAAGGAUCUGGGUGUGAAAUACAAGUUAGGGGAGGGAAACGAAACAUCCACGGAGAAUCGUAUGGCUCCCUUCCUAGAAUUCUCUGAAGCAGACUGCACUUCUGCAUCUGCAAGCAGUCGUAAGGACAAAUCACUGCGUAUCAUGAGCAAAAAGUUUGUCAUGCUGUUUCUUGUAUCCACAACCAAGAUAAUCACUCUUGAAAUAGCAGCCAAAAUCCUAAUUGAGGAGAGCCAGGACGCUGCAGAUCACAGCAAAUUUAAAACAAAAGUGCGGCGACUGUAUGACAUUGCCAACGUGCUGACUAGCCUUGGACUCAUAAAGAAAGUGCAUGUGACUGAAGAAAGAGGACGAAAGCCAGCAUUUAAAUGGAUUGGGCCUGUUGAUUUUGUACCUGACAACGAACAAAGGAUGGAAGUCACAUCAACUACUCCAUCUCCAAACUCCAAAAGUGAUUCUUCCGUUAUCGUUCCAUCAUUCAGCAAAACUCAGUCCAGCGACAGUGUAAAGAGGAAAAUCUGCUGUGAGCCAAGCAAACCCCGUAAGGUGCAGAAAGUUUGUAUUCAGGACAAAGACUCCUAUGCCUCGAAAAUGGCACGUUUGGCAGCUAUAUGUAGACAAGAAGUUGAAGAUUCCAAAAACAACCAUUGUGAAUCUAUGAGAAAUGGUGUCCCGCUUCCCUUCUCUGUUGUUUUACCUGUUCCCAUGGACACUGAAUGCCCUGUUCAACCUGGGCUGUCUGUGUCUCAGAAGAGAAUAAACGGACACAUUGCUGCUUCACAAUCGGAGCCCAGCAAUCACGGUUUUCUGCCAAAUCAGCCAUAUAUGUAUGUUCCUUCAAGCUCUGUGCUAAUGCUGUGUGGAAACCUUCCUAAAGAGAAAGCAUUGGACCCUGCAUCGGACGGUCAGACAACACUAGAUUUGCCAAAGGAGGCCGCCAGUAAAUCUCCAGCAUCUGAUAACAAGCAUUUAAAGAGACAAUGUACUGAUGCAGAGGAGUCUCCACUCUCAUUGGUACUACCAAAAAAAAUAUCCAGGGUGAACAAAAAUGCUGAGUUUGAGAGUGCUCCUCCCCACAAGUCCCCAAAUCACGAAGAGAACAGUGAAACGGUUACCAUGCAAACGGUGCAGCAGAAAAUGCUGGAAGAUAAGGAUGGGUUGAAGAAUAAUGAGCAAGAAAACCUCAAUCCUUCUGCAUUGCCGCAGUAUCUCUAUGUUCCAUCAGGAGCUGGUUUAAAUGGAUUUAGUUUCCUUCUUCCUGCUAGUCAAGCUGCAGGCGCUUUGGGUAUCUCUCAAAGCCAUCUAGCAUCCCUUAAUGUUCCUUAUGUCAUGGUGCCAUCCACAGCCUUGUCGUCAUUCCCGUUUUUCUGCUCCCAUACGGUUCCCAACUCUUUGCCUUCUGUUUCAAGUCCUGGGGGUAUGAAUUACAACCCUCCUACUGUAACCCCAUCUAGCCAUUUAAUGAUCAGCACUCAAUCUGCACCACCGCAUGAACCCUCUACAGACCCGAGACCCAAUCUUCCUGCUAUGAAUGGGAAGCCUUUACCUACAUCCUCUGCGGCUUCCGUUAACAAAGAAUCACCUGUUAGUUUGGGCCAGCCAAUACUUUCAUUGCAGAAGUCACCCUCUCCAUCAACGCCCAAGAAUAUUCGCCCAGUUCACAAAGGCACCUUCUUUGAAACACCUGGCAGUGCUCAAGCUUCCGUGUCUUUGCGGAAAAGCGAAGGGACCAGAUCCAGGACCUCCAGCUCCGCUCAGAGGCGGUUGGAAAUUGGCAGCAGUGCUAGCGAUUGACCCCUUUUCUGAGUUUCCUCUUCAUCGUCCAUUUUGCGGCGUAGAAUCCAAAAAUUAAGGAACCAAUUGUAUUGUGAUGUAUUAGCCUAAGCUACCGGUUUUCUAGGUAGAGCUUCUAUUUACUGAAUACUGACUUCAGCAGACAUGAGAUGGACAGGCACUAUUGUGAGGCGGUUAAUAAGAACCAAACCCAUCCAGCACUUGAACUAAUUUUAAACAUCUGCCCAAAGAUGGGCAGAACAUUAAAUGGCCUUGAAGAACUUGGACUUCCAUACAUUUGUUUCAUAAGGCAAAAAAACUUUGCAUGAAGGACUCAUCCCAGUAUCUAACCGUUUGUGAGUUCUGGGAAGACCCUCGUCUCUGGUGCUACAUGCUAAAGACCACGUUAAUAGGAGUAACGUAUGCUUAUUACUUGAAUUGUUGUUUCGUUUUCCAUCUUCGGAGAAGCUAAAAGAUAUUUUUAGUGUUAACGAAUGUAUGCUGCUUUAAAAAAGGCCUAAAUAGCUGUGAAUGUAUUUUAUUAGUAUUAUUUGUUUGUUUAGCCCGACGGGCUAUAGGGUUGAAAAACCUAGCUGUUGACAAUGUUAACUUUGUUUUUGCCUUGCCACACAUUUGACACUUAUUUGUAUUUAUUUAUUCCUCCUCCAAGAGGAAAAGUAACCUGAAAUAAUUCAUUAAUGGUAAAUUGAAA